AACUGGCUGGGCUUGUCCGUCGUGUCAACGCCCGGAUCUACUCUCUCUCCAAGAGACAGCUGUCAAACCUCCCUCAGUGUGUGUGUUUGUGUGUGUACUGACACAGAGCAGAUAGUCCUGCUGUUAACUGCCUUGAACCAUUUAUCAAGAGCGGCGAUUACGUGUCACUGAGACAGAGUGAGGCAUACUUCACCAGUUUUCACCAGUUUUGGAUGUGUUUUCUAAGAUAAGGCUUGACCAAAGCAGAAAUUUGGAAGUAAGAAGCUAAAACCAUGUCUACUGCGGGGGACAGACAAUCUGUUAUUCGCACCACAAAGGUUCGUACUGCACUGAAAGGAGACAACAGCUGGAUCCAACGGUACAAUCAAUCUGGACUAGAGGAAGAGGAUGAUGAAAAGCCAUGGAUUGCAGAGGUGCGCGCCAGUCGUCUUAACAGCGACUUCAGUGACCCUGUAGCUGAUGACACACCUCCUAAACAAGACCCUCAACCAUCAUCGGGUACCGACAGUUCUAAAACAUCUGGAUACCGGAUCAGGGGUGUUUUCACGAAGACUGACACCAAGCCAGCUACACAGUCCACUAACGGCUACAUUGGAACAUCUGGCUUUGACAAAAAGGCCUCUGACGGAUACAAGAAAAUAGCUACUCACACUGUUCGCUCGAGUGUGGAGAAAACAGAGCCAUCUGAGCCACCGCUCAGUUCAGAAGAACAGGAGAGGAGGACGGAGGCAGCCAGCAAAAUACUAGACAGCUCAGCAAGAAGGCAGAGAUCGUAUGUGCUCUCAGCUGCAAAGAAAUAUGAGUUCACUCCUGGGAAUAAUGACAACUCUGCCUCGCCAGCCACAGCUUUUAUUGCUAAAAGGGUAGUUAUCAGUGAUGAUGAUGACACUGGCUCCACCCCGGUAUCUCCUCCUAAACACAGCGUGGAAAUGAGCGUCGAUGAGCCGAAUCCAUCAGACUCCUCGGCUAUAAAACCUGAAAAGAAACCAACAGUCAAAACAGAGUCCACACCUAAACAAAGUAACACCCUCAAUGCUCUCUCAGACACCCUUCUGUCCACCCCAGAAUCCACCAGCAAGAAGCAAGUAACAUCUCCUGUUCCAGAGACUCAGAAACCCAAGCCCAGUUCUACAACAAGUGUGAAAGAGACAAUUACUCAGGUCCCAUCAGUUGCUCCAGUUCCUACUUUAAAGAACUCUGCAACAACUGAACCCAAGACAAAUCCAGCUCCUAAACCAAGUGUGAAAGAGACAAUAACUCAGGUGCCAUCAGUUGCUCCAGUUCCUACUUUAAAGAACUCUGCAACAACUGAACCCAAGACAAAUCCAGCUCCUAAACCAAGUACUGACCAAAAGCCAGUCAAGACCACCAGCAGCACUUUGAAUGAUAAAGAUCUUUUGGAUCUGACUGGGAGCACUCCACAGAAAAUAGUGGACCCCUUUCCAACCUCCACUGACCUGCUGGCAGGAGACUCUCUACCCAAAACAGAGAAGGCUAAAGUGUCUCUGGAUCUGCUUGCGGUUGAUAUUAUCCCUAUUGACACCAACACUGACAGACUAAGCACUGAUAAAACAAGUACCAGAAUUGAGAAAACUCAGACUGUGGUUCAGACCAAGAAGGAUGUAAAGAGCACUCUACAGACGUCUGUGGACCCCAUUCCCCCCACUACCACCACCGACCUGCUGACAGGAGGUUCUUUAGCUCAAACACAGAAGACUAGUGAAUCUCUGAACCUGCUGACUUAUGAUGUCAUCCCCAUUGACAACAACAAGGACAAACUCAGCAAGGACAAAACACAGAGCAAAGUGAAGACAGUGACAACUGUGGCCCAGACAAAGACGACGGAGAAGGGCUCUACUGAUCUAUUCGAUCCGAUUCCGAUAGUGAAAGAGUCCACAAAGAGCCCCGUAGAGCUCUUUGAUCCUCUUCUGUCCGGCAGCAAUACCGAACAAAAGCAGACCGUUUCGGUCACAUUCGAGCAGAAGUCCUCUAAAUCUAGCUCGCCAUGGGACAAAUGGGCAGUUCCCACUAUAGACUCCACAAUAGAGGACAGUGAGCCCGAGCCUGACCCAGAACCAACUGAUAUACAUUCAGCCAGACCAGAAGAAAAGGAGCUGUAUACUGAAGCUAAAAAGAAUUUAGUCUACAUCAAAUCAUAUUUGAACUCUGAGCCCUAUGGGUAUGGCACUAGCAGAUACGACAAUGACUAUGUGACCUCGAGCUCCAGCACUUAUGCAUACAGCAGCCCCUCCAGUGACUAUGUGACCUCGAGCUCCAGCACUUACGCCUACAGCAGUCCCUCCAGCACUGCAAAUAUGACUGCCUGCACGUACUGUGGUAGUCUCGUGGGAAAUGAUUCCAAGAUCACAAUUGACCACCUCAACAUCUCCUGCCACCCUGAGUGCUUCAAGUGUGGUGUCUGCAGCAAGCCGAUGGGCGAUUUCAUCGACAGCAUGUUUUUGCACCGUGGGACGGUCCUGUGUGAGAACUGUUAUUCUAAUGCGAAUUAAGACAAAGUUGUAUUGAUGUGCUCUCUGCUUGGUUACUCCGGUGAACUUUAAUAACCAAUGUAACUCCUGUGGCUGUUUCAUUUCUUCUAAGAUGAUGUUUUUCUUUUUGACUCUAUCAGAAUGUAAGUAAAUGCUGUUAGUCUUCGUUUACAUUCCCAAAACUGUUCUUAUACUUUUGUCAUUGCUGUCAUCUGAUUGUGAAAACUGCCUUCAAAAUCAGGAUCGUGUACAUGUCUUUGUGUGGGUUUUCACUUUUCCUACUUAGUACUGGCCUUACUUCAUCUUUAAAUUUGGAAUAUUACAAAAAAUAUGGUUUGCUUUUCUGUGCAUUUUUCAGUAGAUGAAUAAACUUCUUAAAACUGUGAAUAAAUGUAGGGUUGUAUAAAUAAA